AUGACCUCAAAGAGGCCAUCUCUUCUCCUCGCACUGAUCGGCAUUCUUGUCCUCACGUCAUUGGAAACCGGACGUGGCCAAUCCCAAUGGCUGAGCGGCACGAACCCUGACUCCCCAAGUGGCACGUGCCCAUCUGGCUUCCCCCUGCGGCUAGGGGCCUGCGUUGAUGUCCUGUCCCUCAAGGACGUUGUAGCCGGCGACCCAAGGACUCAGCCUUGUUGCUCGCCCAUGGUCGGUCUGGCUAACGUUGAUGUCCUGUCCCUCAAGGACGUUGUAGCCGGCGACCCAAGGACUCAGCCUUGUUGCUCGCCCAUGGUCGGUCUGGCUAACGUCCAGUUAGCCGAUUGCCUCUGCCUUCUUCUCGGGAAGAUUCCAGUGGCUGGCGGUGUCGAUCAGGGCAUCAGAACUAUCCUUUUCGCUUGCAAUGUGGCUUUUCCAAUCGGUUUUCGCUGCCCGUAA